UAGAAAUUAUUAGUUAUCAAACUAAAGAAAACAUCUCUUAGAUAAGCACACACAAAAACAAUAACAAACAAAAAACAUACAAAUACUAACAUUUUACUCCAUCUCAAUAUGGUUAACAAUGAACGCUGUAAGGAUCAAAUUGGCGAUAUGCGAGCCGCUGGUUUGCCUUCGGUAAUCGGCGGCAAGGAUCAUCGACUCGGUGUAUGUUUAAAUAUAGCAAAUCCCGAAGAGAAAGCCGAAUAUAUGAUAACCGCAGAAUGUAGACGAAAGAGGGCUGUAGUGACUCCACGAUCGCCCAUCAUGCCGGAAAAUAGUGUCGGCAAUCUAUUGGCCAUUGAACUCUCCAAAUCUCGUUUUGCUGCCUUUAAAGAGAAAUUCUCCGAGGAUAUGUAUUUUAAAAAGGCUAAAUUGGGUCAUGCCAAGCCGGCUGGGGCUAAGCCGGAGCAUAUCACCAAUACGAAUACAACAUUUGGUUGCUCCUCGACCAAUUCGGAGAAAGUAUAUCCCAUCAUAUUGCCACAAAAGACAGCCCAACAAAUCAAUGAGGAAUAUGCGAGUUUCCAUGAUAAAUAUAUUUUAAGUCAUAAUCAUUAUUUUCCCGCAGAGCAGGUCAAUAGAAAAUAUAGCAAAGCAUUUAAUCGUCGGGAUACCUUUGGCAAAUUUUAUGGCGUCGAUGAUAAUGGUGGCAAGGUGAAACGCUGCAUGCAACAAUGUUUCGAUCAAGUGAUUAUUGUGAGUAAAACCCAAAUGGAUUACAUUGAUCGCACCUAUGGACGUUUGGGAAAGAAGUACAAAAAAUAUCCUUAUGUAGUGCCACCCGAUAUGACCCAUGGGAUACCCACAAGCUUCUCCGAAUGUGAUGGCAAAAUGUUGAUUGACAACAUUUCUCCGUGUGUCAAUACCACCAAGCUCAUCGAUGCCUUUGGCUAUUUGAAUAUGUGGCGACAGAAUCUUCACAAACGCCAUGAUUUCCAUAUGUAUGAUUUAAACUCAAUGCUGGAGCGUCACGAUACGGAUAAGAAGGGAAAAUUGCCGUUUAAUAGGAUCAUUGAAAUUAUGCAUAAAAUGCAUUUACGCAUCGAUGGACCCAAAAUUCGUAUAGCUAUGAUUCACUUUGGCAUGCUCGAUCCAAAGAAAUCGAGCUUAGAACUGGUUGAUUACAAGCAAUUCUGUCGUUUACUCUCCAUUCAUGAGCCAUUGCCCACCACGGGAAAUAUAUCGAGUUUGCCAGCAAAUAUCUAUACAAAAGAUACAAUAUAUCGACUCUUUUGUGCUGAUCUCAAAAAGAAACCUAAUGAGGGACGAACAGAACGUAAACCGUUUCGUACAGAUGACCAGCAGGAUGAUGAUCUGGUGGGAGUCAAGGAUCUAGUUCAACCGCAAUUAUCUACACUUCUGGGCUUGGGUCAUAGUGAUUAUCAACGUCAUCGUUCGAAAUAUCAAUUGGAGAGAAUUUUCAAAAAUGUUCUCACCAGCGAUGAACUCAAUUCACUGUGGGAGAAACUUCCGAAUGAAUAUCAAAAUCAGAAUGAUAUGUUUUCUGUAAAUCAAAUACGUUCCGCAAUUGAUAAAUACCAAAUAAAAAAAGUGAAAUAAUAAAAAAUGAACAAAUAAAGUGAUUAAACAUCUUUGUUUCUUUAAGACGAAUCGGUAUUGUAGGUAUUAAAUUUCCCUUGAUUUCCCAGCCAAUUGGUUUUAGAUUUUCUCAACUGUUUUUCUAC